GUAACUUCCCCAAAACUAAUCUAAUAUUCUAAGCAACUAAGAGAGUGGAAAGACGUGGGACGAAGAGGCGCGGUGACCCUCAGCAAUCAAUCCAAGUUAUCGGCUCGCAUUGUCGUACUUAUCCUGAUGAUGCCCUUUACCAAGCUAUUCAAGAUCAACAAGGCUUAACCAAUCACGGCACAACAUGAAGAAGCUUAACAGAAGAAGGUAAUAAAAUCUUUUAAGAAGCUUCUGAAUGAUGAUUUUAUUAAUAGUUGGGACUAGGGAUUGUAUGAAUUAUGUAUUGAGCCAUUUUUUUAAUAUUAGUGCCAGCAAAGCAGUGAUAAUUGGGGACUUUUUGUGGUAUAUGACGAAGGAAACGAUUAUGUGAUUGAAUUGGAGAAUUUUGAUGAAAUGCUUGAACCAAAUAUCAUUCAAGAAUCAAAUUUAAAAGUUUUUGAGAAUAAGAAUCUUGAUGAAGUUCUUGAUGUAGUCAUUAAAGGUUUUAUCUCCAUAAUUGCGUCAUUGAGAACACUUUGUCUAAUAGUGAAAUUCUUGAUGUAGCCAUUGAAAGUUUAGUACACAAUAAUGACAUCAUUGAGAUUUCUUUGUUCAAUGGUGAAAUUAACUACCAAAACAAUGUUGCAUUCUAGUGUUGAGAAAAAUAUUGAAAAACCUUUAAAGAGCAAAAAUUUUUAUAAAAAUUCUUAUGUUGAUGGAUUCAGAAGAUCAAUGGGAUGGAUAUCUUGACUAUAGAAAACUUAAUAGAUGGGAAAACUAUUAUGUGUUCACUAAUGUGUUGGCAUUGGGUGGAGAAGAUGGAUGAUAAAACUUCUCAAUUAGACUUUGUUGGAGACCAUAUGAGUUUGUGGCCAAUAUCAACGAUAUGUUCAUUGAAAAUGCAAUUAAUUAUCUAUAUUGUUCUUUGGGGCAUUGGAGAUAAUCUACGAAUUUUGAUUUGGAGGUUGAUGUCUACAUUGAUGACAUUCUCUUCAUUUUGUUGUUAUAUGAAGAAAAUUCAAAGGUUGAAUUCAAAAGGAACUCACAAGUAGUCAAGAAUAGUGGUGUUCAACGGCUCGGGCCUCUAUUUUGAGCUCUCUUAUCCUACCUGUUUUUAGAAGGGUUUUAUAAGGGUUGGGUUUUAAAUGGGUCGGGACAAUAACAGGCUCUGUUAUAAUUAAAAUGAAGCGGGCUAUAAAAUUCUUGGGCAUUGCUACAAGAGAAAAUGUUGGAAGUCAUUCUUUUUAACAAUUUUUACCAUUGUAGUAGAUUUUCAAUUCAGUAUUCUAUUUCUUAUAAUUUGUUGUUUUAGUUAAGACUUAAGGACAAGUCUUUUUGAAGGGGGAAGUAAUGUUAUGGGAGAUUAGUAAGCAUGUGUUGAGCACAUGAUAAUAGUUUGUAUGAAUUUUUGAAAUCAAUGAAUAAAGAACAUCUUCCUCAUCUAGCUCUCUUAUCUCUCUAUCUUAUUUUUAAUCCUUCUAAAUUUUCUACUAUCUUCUCUACAAUGUUUCUUUUAAUGGUCAUAUUAAUUGUCCAAAUUAUGGUUUAUUGUUUAGUUGAAUGGGUGAGUUGUUGCUAUAUUAACUAGUUUUAUGAUGAUAAUCAUGUUUUCGGUGAAAGUAUGCUUUGAUGGUCCAAAGUUUAAGGGGGAAUAAAGAAUAUAAACUUUUUAUUGGUGUUACUCUUAUAGAGGAACUUGUGGAUGCUAUGCUUGUAGAAAAUUAAUUUUUGACGGCUUUUUGUUUCAUUUGAUGAUGCAUGAGACUAUUUUUUUUUUGGUUGCCUUAAUGUGAGCUAUUAUUUUCUCAUAUGUUAUGAUUGUUUUGGCCUAUCAAAUAAUGAUUGAAGCUUUUUUGUCGAUGAUUGAUUGUUGAACUCAGACAUAGUAAUGUGAUUCGACUACGUCCACAGGCAGGGGAGAGAAAAAUUUUAUCACUAGAGGAAACCCAGAAUACAAAUAUUGGCUAGGUUACAGAAAAUAAGAGUUUAUAAAUUACUCAAAAACAGAAAAUCUUAGUCAAACAAAUUUUUUGGGAUAAUGCAAAACUAAUGCCCAAGACUCCUUUUAUAAGGAGAAGAAUAACAAGCCUUUGUUGUUCUUCCGAUGUGGGAUAAUGAAAAAACAUCAAUCUUCCAAUGUGGGAUUCAAGGCAUAACCUUACAAAUCUCCACCUUGACUUGAAUCCUCUCAGCAACAACAGAUAACAGAUGUACUAUCCACGAGUACCAGACACAAGUCCUCAACCUCAGAUUUUUUUUUUCUUUCUUGCCCUAAGAGGGCAAUCAACAACUUCCCACAUUUAACAAGUCCAAGCAAUGUUGGAACUUGCUGUGCGGAACAGACUUGGUGAACAUAUCAGUAGUACCCACUUUGUUCACCUCAAUUAUCUUCUCAUUGCUUAGGAAAUGAUAUUUAACAUCAAUGUGUUUGGUUCUCUCAUGAUGGACUUGAUCCUUAGCCAAACAUAUGGCACUAAGACUGUCACAAUAUACGAUAGCUUGAUUAUGAUAUAGACCCAGAUCACUAAUCAGUCCUUUCAACCAGAUUCCCUCUUUUGCAGCCUUUGUCAAAGCCAUGUACUCUGCUUCCGUAGUUGACAAAGUCACUGUAGGUUGCAAAGUAGCCUUCCAACUAACAACAGAACCACCAAGAGUGAACACAUAACCAGUCAUAGAUCUCCUACUACCAACAUCUCCAGCAUAAUCAGAAUCGGAGUAACCAAUAACCAAACACUGUAUAUCACCUCUAUAAAUGAGACCAACAUCAGAAGUAUCCUUGAGGUACCGAAAUAUCCUCUUCACAGCUUGCCAGUGCUCUUUUCCAGGUUGUGACAUAAACCUACUGACAACACUAACAGCAUGUGCAAGAUCAGGUCUAGUGCAGACCAUAGCAUACAUCAAGCUCCCCACUGCACUAGCAUAGGGAACUCGAGACAUGUACUCCUUCUCUCCAGCAGAUUUUGGUGUAAAAGAAACAGAUAAAUGAAUAUAUACAGCAGAUGGAGUAUCUACUAUAUACAGCAGAUGGAGUAUCUAAGGUUUUAGCAUUAGACAUACCAAACCUGGACAAUAUCUUCUGAAUAUACUCUUUUUGAGACACAAAAAGUUUAAUCUGGCUUCUGUCUCUGUAGAUCUCCAUUCCCAAAAUUUUCUUUGCAGCACCCAAAUCUUUCAUCUCGAACUCAGCACUCAAAAGACCCUUCAACUUCUGAAUAUCUGACUUAUCCUUUGAAGCUAUUAGCAUAUCAUCAACAUACAGAACAAGAUAAAUGUAGAACCAUUCUUCAACUUGCUGUGAUAUACACAACAAUCAUACGGACUCCUAUUGUAGCCAAUCUCUAUCAUGAAACUAUCAAAUCUCUUGUACCACUGCCUAGGAGACUGCUUCAGUCUAUACAAUGACUUCUUCAACUUACAUACAUAGUCUUCUUUUCCAGGAACUUGGAACCCAUCUGGCUGAGUCAUGUAGAUUUCUUCCUCCAACUCCCCAUGUAGGAAAGGUGUCUUCACGUCUAGUUGUUCAAGCUCAAGAUUCUGAUGUGCAACCAUUGCUAGUAGCAUUCUGAUGUCCACGCAGAGAAUGGUUUACAACCUAUGAGCAGAUAGAUAGAGGUAUGGUUGAGCAACUACAUUCAGAAACUGUUCAGCCAGAUCCUUCGAUUGCAUCACCAGUUCAGACAACUUUGGCUUAUGAUCGACCUAAAAGGUCGAAUUUUGGGAAGCCUCCAGAGAGGUAUGGGUACGAGGAUAUGGUAGACUAUGCUCUCCAGGUUGCUGAGGAAGAGGAUCCUUAUGAGCCAUCCACCUACAGAGAUGCAGUUACAUGUACAGAGUCUGCCCAAUGGCUUGCAGCAAUGGGAGACAAGAUGGAGUCACUUCAAAAGAAUAAGACUUGGGAUCUUAUACAACAACCUACGGGGAGGAAGAUUAUUACUUGCAAAUGGGUCUUCAAGAAGAAGGAAGGAAUGGUUCUUACAUUUAUCUUGUCCUGUAUGUUGAUGAUAUGCUAAUAGCUUCAAAGGAUAAGUCAGAUAUUCAGAAGUUGAAGGGUCUUUUGAGUGCUGAGUUCGAGAUGAAAGAUUUGGGUGCUGCAAAGAAAAUUUUGGGAAUGGAGAUCUACAGAGACAGAAGCCAGAUUAAACUUUUUGUGUCUCAAAAAGAGUAUAUUCAGAAAAUAUUGUCCAGGUUUGGUAUGUCUAAUGCUAAAACCUUAGAUACUCCAUCUGCUGUAUAUAGUAGAUACUCCAUCUGUUGUAUAUAUUCAUUUAUCUGUUUCUUUUACACCAAAAUCUGCUGGAGAGAAGGAGUACAUGUCUCGAGUUCCCUAUGCUAGUGCUGUGGGGAGCUUGAUGUAUGCUAUGGUCUGCACUAGAUCUGAUCUUGCACAUGCUGUUAGUGUUGUCAGUAGGUUUAUGUCACAACCUGGAAAAGAGCACUGGCAAGCUGUGAAGAGGAUAUUUCGGUACCUCAAGGGUACUUCUGAUGUUGGUCUCAUUUAUGGAGGUGAUAUACAAUGUUUGGUUACUGGUUAUCCCGAUUCUGAUUAUGCUGGAGAUGUUGGUAGUAGGAGAUCUAUGACUGGUUAUGUGUUCACUCUUGGUGGUUCUGUUGUUAGUUGGAAGACUACUUUGCAACCUACAGUGACUUUGUCAACUACGGAAGCAAAGUACAUGGCUUUGACAAAGGCUGCAAAAGAGGGAAUCUGGUUGAAAGGACUGGUUAGUGAUCUGGGUCUAUAUCAUAAUCAAGCUAUCGUGUAUUGCGACAGUCUUAGUGCCAUAUGUUUGGCUAAGGAUCAAGUCCAUCAUGAGAGAACCAAACACAUUGAUGUUAGAUAUCAUUUCCUAAGCAAUGAGAAGAGAAUUGAGGUGAACAAAGUGGGUACUAUUGAUAUGUUCACCAAGUCUGUUCCGCACAGCAAGUUCCAACAUUGCUUGGACUUGUUAAAUGUGGGAAGUUGUUGAUUGCCCUCUUAGGGCAAGAAAGAAAAAAAAAUCUGAGGCAGAGGACUUGUGUCUGGUACUCGUGGAUAGUACAUCUGUUGUUGCUGAGAGGAUUCAAGUCAAGGUGGAGAUUUGUAAGGUUAUGCCUUGAAUCCCACAUUGGAAGAUUGAUGUUUUUCCAUUAUCCCACAUCGGAAGAAUAACAAAGGCUUGUUAUUCUUCUCCUUACAAAAGGAGUCUUGGGCUUUAGUUUUGCAGCAUUCCAAAAAAUCUGUUUGGCUAUAGUUUUCUGUUUUGGAGUAAUUUAUAAACUCCUAUUUUCUGUAACCUAGCAAAUAUUCGUACUUUGGGUUUCCUCGAGUAAUAAAAUUUUUCUCUCCCCUGCUUGUGGACGUAGUUGACAUAUUGUCGGUGAACCACGUAAAUUCUAUGUGUUUUGAUUUUGUCAAUCUUUACACUUUCUUUCUUGCAUCAGUUAUAACAAACUGGUGGAUGAACCUUGUACCAAGAUGAUCUCUUGCUUCUUGCUUAAGUUAAGUGCUUUGACAUUUUGUAUGGUUUUGGACCAAUCAAGAAUGAUUCAUCAACUCUCAUUAUGAAUGAGAAAAUGUGCAUUAAGUGGUGGAUGGAAGUAGUGGGAAAGAACUUGAGCAACAUAUGCUUGUUUAUUGGCAGUGGUUAAUACUAGUAUAAAGAGGUAAUUGACAAGAUGUAUCAAUGAAAAUUGGUUUUUUGAUUUAUCUCUACUUAUAAUUUGUUAUGAACUGAAAAACCAAGCACACUCACAGAAGACAAGAAUAGAAUGUUAGUGUAUGUUUUGGCAAUGUUCGAGCCUACCUGACUCCAAUCUUAUUACUCACUUCAAAAUCAGAUAUUACAGAUGACAAGAGUAAUGGCUUAUAUAGCCUAGCUUGACCUCCGAACUACUUUGGACAGCUGUACAAUUCAGCCCUAUUUAUUAUAACAGAAAUAACAAGAAUGUACAGCUAACAGCCCUUCUAAGUCUUAAUAUUCUGUCUAUCCUCCUCUGAUAUGUUAUCAACUUCCUUUCCUUAAAUGCCGGUAUGACACAAUUCGAAACGCAUGAUUGCUUUGUUAAAAGAUAGCAAUAUUAUAAAUAUCAUGUAAUACUCGUAAUGUUUUCUUGUGCUUUUUUACAAUUCGAUGUUAUUGAUUUUAGGGGAGCUCUUAUUUGUUGAUCUCUAUUUAGUUAAUUUCAAUUUCAGAUUUCACAUUUUACCGUCUAUAUAUAAGGUCCAUACAAAAGUCUUGCAGUUCUAAAUUCCUUGUUGCUCAUUGCUUUUCAUUGUUAAAUAAAACUGCAACCAUGCUUCAUUUCAUGAUAUUGUCAAUCUUAUUCUCAUUUUAUUUCACGAGUCCAAUGGUAAUUCCUUUUUAGUGAGGAGUUAGGUAUAGUUUGCUUUUACAAUAUUGCUAAAGGAGGUGAUUAAAGGUUGAGAAAUAGAUGAUUUGAGCUGAAUAAAAAUUUGUUGUUGAAAUGUGUUGUUACAACUCUAGUCUGCAUCAUGCAGCAAAACAUUGCCGAUAUCUUUCCAUCCCUACCAUGCUGAGUAGGUCUUAAGAGCUUAGAACAACCGAAAUAUAGGCUGCAAAACCAUCUGCAUUGACUACAAAAGCCUUUUUACAAUUGUUUACGAAACUGUAAUGUUGUGCGUUAAAUAAAUUUGCAAUCAAAAAAAUAAUGAGCACAAUUCUAUGUUUUCAAAAUCAGUAUCUAUGAGGAAAUUUAUAUCCUUAGUUUUUUGAUGUGGUAGCAAACUUAAUUAUGCGCACUGUUUUUGUUUUACUUCAAUGGUAAUUUUACCAUGGU